AUGUAUUACAAUGCUUUGCCUCAAGCUGGACAUUCAAAUCAUGAACAGCAUCCUUCCUUUCAACAGCAACAAGUAAGAAAUGUCAAUACACAUCGAGAACUUUAUCCUGCCCUUCAAUGGCAACUAGGAACAACCGUCAAUACUCAGCGUGAACAGCAUCCGGCACUUCAACAGCAACAAGAAAGUUUUGUCAAUCCUCAUCAGUAUAUACAAAAUCUGGGUUCUACACAGGGACAAGAUAGCUCAGGAAUUGGUUCGAAAUCAAUAAAUCAACCAUCUGUUUUGAACGCAACAGCACAUCAAUAUGUUGAUUAUCUUCGAGGGCUAAAUCCACAAUAUUCAUCUCAACAAACACAUAAUCAAAAUUUAAACAAUCAAAAUGUUCAACACCAAUUUAAUGUUUCAAUGAAUCCUUUAAGCAAUCAUCACCCUGCGAAUCAUCAAUCAAAUUUGGAUAAUUAUAAUAGAUCUUUAGGUGAUAUUAUAUUAAUUAUUAUGGUGUUUAUCUUAUACAACUUCGAGGGAAAAUCACAAUUUAUGAUCCCAAUUUAUGAACCCUUGGAGUAA